AUGUUGCUACAUGAUAAUUAUUUCUUUCUGUCAAAACAAUCGAUUAAUGAAACACAUUAUCGAGAGAGGACCAUCGCGCAUUCGCCGCUCUUUCAUUCAACGACAACAUUAGUGCUGAGUAUCUUUGGUAUAUGUUCGAAUUUUCUCUCGAUGUUUUACCUUUGCUGGAUUAUCUUGAAAAAUCAACGUCGAACAUAUCUCGGCAAUCGUCACGAACAAAGCAAAUCAAGUCAUGUUCUGUCUCAUGAAAAAUACAAAUUUCUGAUUUUUCUUACCAGCAAUGAUUUCCUACUCUGCUUAUUAGCACUUCUCAGUUGUAUCGACGGCAAAUACUAUUCGCAAUCAUUAGUCGCUAAUUAUCAUUCAUGUUCAUUUCACUCCUUACUUUGGAAAUUUACACUUCAUUUUUCUCCCCUUUUGACUAUUUUCAUUCUCUUCCGUUACCAUUACAUAUUAGCAAAGAAGUUUCCAACGAAAUAUUUCAAUACAACGACAUUUAAUCAACUAUUUUGCUCUGAUCUAUGCACGUUAAUUCCGUUUCUGAUUGCCAUUGCAUGGUCAGUCGACGGGUUGUGGUUAUGGGGAGAAACGUAUGCACCAAGUUAUAUAAAGUCGGUACCAUUCAUUAAGGAACAGAAUCAGACGAGUCCGAUGCACGAAGAUGCUGAUACUCAGCGAGAGAACUUUUAUCUUAAUGAAAUUUAUGCAUCCAAACAGAAAUUGAUUUGUAAUUUGCAAACCAACAAUGAUCUCAGUCUGACGACUCGUCUGCUGCAUUUAAUCCAAGCAGAUUUUAUUCUUUUAUGUGUAUUACAUUUUCUUGGGUUUCUCUUGGAAAUCUUCCUACACAUUCGUUUAACUUGCUGUUUAAUUGCUCGAUCAAUCACACCGAUAUUUCUUCGCGAACAACAACUCUCGCUUGAUGUAUUAUACAUAUUUCUCUGUCUGACAUUGACGGCACUUCCAUUUUAUAUCUACCGGUCUAUGGAAGUUCUCUUCGAAUCGAUUAUCGUGUUUAAUCAAAGUGAUAUCAUCAACAGUCGUAUGUUGGCUCAGUUGAUUCUGUUGGGUAUAUGUUUCAAGCCAUUCUUAUACAUUCUACUAUUAUGUCCAUCGAACAUUCUGUUCAAACUCAAAUGUUAUACAUCGAUUCACAUCGAUCGAUCUGAUUCGAUGUUGUCUAGUGGACAGCAGAAAUCUCUGAUUGAACCGACAACAUUUCAAAUACCGAUAUUUCACCCAAAGAUACAUCGGAAAUUUCGCGCUCAAGCAUCACAAAAUUCAGUCGGCGAUAACGAAUCGUCUCUAAUUGCGGAUAGAAACAUUGCGACAGCAAAUAACAAUGUCUUACUUUAA